AUGUCGACCAACAAUAGAUCCCAAGGCGAAAAAACAUAUUUCGAACAACAACGCGAACUCGUGCUUCAAGAUGUUGCGACAAAUCUAGAGCAAGUGCUACAAAACAUGAACACCUUGAAUCGAAGUCUAGAGAGCGUCAUUGCCGUCGGCAAUGAAUUCGGCCAAGUCGAAGGCCUAUGGUCAAUGUUCGAAAACGUCAUGGCGCAACAACAGCAACAGCAAUCCCCAGAGGAAGAAGGACAUACCCAAGCCCACACCGGUGCGCAGGAGAAGUGA